AUGAAAAGUCCUAUUACCAAAAUCUCAGCUAUUGGAACUGGUGCUACUGGCUUUGCCCUAUUUUCGCUCUUAAGUUAGUGGUAUCAAUUAAAAAAGAAACAUAAUCAAUACUAGCUAAUCAAUGAAUUUACACCCACCUCCAUAUUGAAUUACUUUAAUUAAUCCCAAAAAACAACAAUCGAAGCAUUUAUUGCCGGCGAGUUAGUUUCAGAAAGUCCCAUCAUUUCAAAAGUCCCACUUAUAAUGAGGGAAAAGAAAAUCUAUUAUAUAUAUGAGAAUGGCGUAAAAAAAAUAAUUCAAACCUUCCUACAUGGUGCCUCUCAAUUAAGUAUUGCAGACUAUUAUAAUAAAAUCGAAAUAUGGAGGAACUCAACCCUUAACUACUAAUUAUCUAUGAGUCAUAUAUGGGAUAAAGUUAUUCCUCAAUAAUUAAGUUUCCUUCAAAGACUAACGAAUUUCAUUUUAAAAAUCAUAAAUUAACUCAAAAUAAGAAAAUUAUUUUUCAAUGGCUUUCCCACUGGAUUGCUUGAAAGGGAAUAUGGCAUCAUCGCAAAUGAAUUUUAUGUCAUAUAUGGAGAAAUUAUACUUGAUAAAAAGUUGAACAAGAUGUUCCUUUAAAAUCCAAAAUAUAUUCUCAAAAGUAAGAAACAAUUGUUAUUUUUAAUACAAAAGUAGAUUAAAUAUAAAAGUUCAAUGAUAGUAAUUGUUUUUAUUCUAUUUGCGAUUUGGUCGUGUAUUUUUGGAUGCAAUAUAAAGAAUUUCAUUAUACAUCUUUUGAAAGAGAGACAAAAGGCAAAAUUGGAUAAGUUAAGAGGGUAGAAAUACUUAGAAAUUAACAAUUAUGAAUGCCAGGUUUGUUUUGAAAGACCUAGAAAUAUUAUCUUUAAGCCUUGCAAACACCUUAGCAUUUGCCAUGAAUGCUCAUAAAGACUCAAAAAACCAUAAUGUCCGAUAUGUAAAUAAUAGAUAGAGGAUAAAAUUGAAAUCUUUUUUACUUGA